AUGAGUAAUUGUUUGUCGAACCUCUUUAAAUCCAACGGUGUUCAGCCUGGUAAGGCUAUUGAUGCAAUAGUCUACUGCAUUCAGCAACGUAAAGACAGUGUUGGGGCUUGUUCCUACGAUUUCCUUCCGCCUUCGUAUCUAACCGCUCUGACAGAGGAGUACACCGCUUUUCUCUCCACACCAUCGAAAGGGGACUAUAAGUUUCCGGACCACUUAACUUUGCCACAGCCCAACCGUCCAGAAGUGGGAGAUUGGCUGUCUUGUCUAUAUUGUCCAUACCUAAUUGACGGAUCACACUGGGUUGGAGUUGCUUUUGAUUUGCAGGCAUGCUCAAUAUCUGUUUUGGAUUGCAACAUAGCAUGUGUUACUAACGAAGAAGUUCAGGGUUAUUUGAAACCAAUAGCUCAGAUGCUUCCAUACAUGCUACGCCAGUCCGUUGGUGACGAAGUGUGGAGUUCGAAACCAAUGCAUCCUUUUCAUAUUUAUAGGCUGGACGUAGAGCUUCUAGCUGAGUUUCCAGGGUUAUCUGCUGUGGCAAGUCUAAUCCUUGUAGAGCUGCAUGCAACAAAAAUACUAUCUCAUAAUGGGGAGAUCGAAGCUUGA